UAUUUUGAUUUGUGUUGAACUGAAAGGAAUUUGUGUCGGCGGCUAUCAGAUGGAAGUGAGUGGGCAACACUGCACCGCUGAUCCACAAUUCUGUUGGACCAUUGUAACUACUAACUUUGUAACCUUUCGUCUGCGGCCGGCCGAUUCGUUCGUGGCGUUCACCCGUCCUGCCUCGUUACAGUGCUACACGGAAUUUUUGGACCGGGCGCCGGCCAUGUCUGCGAUUGAACCGUUUUCAUUGUUCGAGGAAAAAGGUGCAAAGAGAAUACAGAUAAUUUCUAAUGAUGAAGUUCCAAAGCUUGAGUACAAUCAAGUACAAAUUUUGGAAGGUGAAAAUGGCGAAAAAACCAUAUUUGUUGUUAAUCCUACUGUAGAUAACAUGAGUGCCAAACAGCUUCUAGAAGGAUUCAAUUUUAUGUCUGUCGAGGGUGGUGGUAUAGAAGAUGGUGAAGGAGAGCACAUGGAACAAGAAAAUGAAAUCGAGGAAGAUGUUGAUCCACUCAAAUUAUCUCCUACGAUGCUUUCUGAGAAAGACUGUUGGAAUUGGAAAGAGACGGAAAUGUUAAUCAAAAUAAGAGGGAGUAAGCACAGUAGAAUGUUGAUGGCUCCGAACGGAACAAAAUGUAAAAUAUGGCAAGAGGUUGCCGAAGAGCUGAAAGAGCGAGGUAUCGAAAAGGGGGCGAAGGCCUGUGACGAAAAAUGGAGAAGAUUGAAGAUGGGUUACUAUCGAGUGAAAGACAAAAUAAACCUUGGAUUUAAGCCCAGGUGGCAAUAUUACAAGUUGCUUGAUGACAUUUUUCAACAAGAACAUCACAUGAAACAGUCUGUAUCUAUUGACAAAAAUUCCAAACCUUCCGAUCAUGUUUAUCACAAGACAGAAAACAAUGACUCCAAUGCUAGUACCAACUCAACUUCUGAAUGUGCCCUGGAAGAAACUGUUAAUAAGACAAAUAUCUUAGAUGACAGAUGGACUUACAAACCAAUUAUUUCAUUAAUUAAAUAUAGGAAAAAAUAUGACCAUCAAUUUAAAACUGCACGACCAGGUGUUAAAACAAAACUAUGGAGACAAAUCGCAGACCAUUUAUCUAAAGGGAGAGGGUUUAACUUCACUGGCGAUGGCUGUUAUGACAAAUGGAGAAGUAUGAUGACAAGAUAUAGAAGUUUGAAAGCCAAAAAAACCUUCUUUCCACAUGCGUCAAUUAAAUGGGUUUAUUUUAAACCGAUGGAGGAAAUUUUAGGAGCUGACUUUGACAAUUAUGAGCAGAAAAGAGAUAGUCCCAAAGAGGAAUACCAUGAAGAACCUGUUCAUGAAAAUGAAAUUAAUUAUGGCCUUCAAAUGGAACUUCAAGAGGAUGCAAGAAUACAGUUUGAACCUAAACAAACUGUUGACAUAGAGAUACAAACAGAAGAUAGUUCUAUAAACAAUAGCAGUCCAUUGGAUAUAUUCACCGCUACCCUUGCUACAGAACUUCUGCAUCAAAAGAGAGGGCUGCUCGACAUAAUGAAAGAACAAACCAAGUCUUUUGAAGAUAGGCUUAAAAGGCUGGAAGAUGCAGAAGCGAGAAUGGCUGAGAUACAGCAAGAAAAAUUUUCUCGCCAAGAAGAACUAAUUAGAAAUUUGGGAAUAGCCAAUGAUUUGGAAAAGAGAAAAAUCCAAGUUCUAGAAAGGUUUCUUGAAAACUUUAACAACCCAAAAAAUUUAUGACUGAAUAGGUUAUUGAUAUAACUAUAUUAAUUUUUUUUUUAAACAAACAAAAAGUUAACCAUUACUUUGUAAAUACUAAGUAAAUAUAUUAUUUUGUAUGAUUUC